AUAACGGUCUCUGUAACUACAUAUUCGUAAGCGUCCAAUAGCAGAACGCCACGUUCAAGUUCCCAAGUCCCGCGAAAUCUCGAGAGGUUCAUCAAUGGCGUACUCAGUCCCGCUCCUCCUCCUCAUCCUCCCGUUCAUCUUCUUCUCUUUCGGUCGAGCUCUUCCGCGCGAAGCCAUAUUCGACGCCGCCGACGUUCUCUCCGAUUCGGGGUACGUUUCCAUGGCCCUCACGCUCGAAAUCGUCGCCGAAACCCUUCUUGAGCAGUCCCCUUCCGCCACCGUCUUCGCCCCCUCCGAUUCCGCCUUCAAGAAAUCCGGCCAGCCCUCCCUCGAUCUCCUCCGCUUCCACCUUUCCCCGCUCCCUCUCCCGCCGGCGAGCCUCCGUCUCCUCACCGCCGGCUCCAAAAUCCCGACGAUGCUCCCCGGCCAGACUCUCACCGUCACCACUUCCUCCUCCGAUCGCGUAACCUCGUUCAACAACAUCAAGCUCACCGGAUCUCCCAUCUACGACGACGGUAUUCUCUUAGUCUACGGAAUCGAUAGGUUCUUUGACCCUACCUUUCAGUUCAACAGUCAAAGACCUAGUGAUAAUUCCGAUACCUCUUGUUCCGCGAAGAACCACACCGCGAGUGCCUCCGAUUCCUUCGAUCAAGCCAUCCAAACCCUAAAAACCGGGGGAUACUCCGCCAUGGCUUCGUUUCUCGGGAUGCAGCUCUCCGGCGUGGCGGAUCAGAGCGGGAUCACGGUGUUCGCUCCGACGGACGACACGGUGAUGAGCCGCAUCGGCGAUUUCGGUGAGUAUCCUUCGUUCUUUCGGCGCCACGUCGUGCCGUGCCGGCUCCUGUGGAACGAUCUGGUGAAUUUCGGCGACGGAUCGGAGCUGCCGACGUUCUUGGAUGGAUUCGCCAUCAACAUCACCAGAUCGGAUGGCGUUUUGAUUCUCAACGGAGUUCCGGUGUUCUUCCCCGACGUGUUCUUCAAUGACAGGGUGGUUGUUCACGGCGUUAGUGAUGUGCUGGCUGCACAAGACAGCGCCAUUAAGGACAACGCGCUUCGCAUUGAUGAUGAUGAUGAUGAAAUCCUGUUUGACCCUUCUGAAUUUUGAGGCUAUGUAAAUUUUUAGUCACUGCGACCAUCCAAUUUCUUUUCUUUUUUCUUGUUUACUUCUCUAGUGAAUAAAGAUUGACCAAAUAAUUUCGAUUGAUGCUAUAGCUAGCAGUUAGGGAGCAUAACAGAGAACACAAUGAUGCAUAGUACAAGGAUUGAUUAACUCUCUCAUCCAAGGGAAAAUAGGCAGAACACACUUAAAAUGGAUUAGUGAUAGGAUAGGAGAUCUUCAAACUACUUCUGGAGAUUUUCUCUUAUUGGAAGUUGGAACAUAUUAUGUACAAAUUAUCGAUUGAUAUUUUUUUUUAA